CUGUCACGUGACCACAUCAGCUGAUCAGCGUCGCGGAACAGGACACAUCACGAACAUCCAUCUAUGCGCCUAAUCCUGCACAAAACACUCAUAUUUAUCGAUCGCAUGUUUAGAUCUAUAUGUUAGGAGUACGUAUUUAUAUUUAGAGUUAGAUUAUUUUAGUCGUGAUCGUUGUAUUUUCGACCAAAGGACAAGAAGAUGUCGGGGAAAGACAGGAUCGACGUAUUCCCCUCUAGAAUGGCUCAGACCAUUAUGAAGGCUCGUCUGAAAGGGGCUCAGACGGGACGCAACCUGCUCAAGAAGAAGUCUGACGCCCUCUCCAUGCGUUUCCGUCAGAUUCUACGCAAAAUCAUCGAAACAAAGACCAAAAUGGGAGAGGUGAUGAGGGAGGCGGCCUUCUCUUUGGCUGAGGCCAAGUUUGCUGCUGGAGACUUUAGCACUACUAUCAUCCAGAAUGUCAACAAAGCCCAAGUGAAAGUCCGAGCCAAGAAGGACAACGUUGCAGGUGUUACUCUGCCUGUUUUCGAGCACUACCAGGAGGGAGGGGACAGUUAUGAGUUGACUGGUUUGGCCCGAGGAGGAGAGCAGUUGUCCCGGUUGAAGAGGAACUAUGCCCGUGCCGUGGAGCUGCUCGUGGAGUUGGCCUCUUUACAGACUUCUUUUGUGACUCUGGACGAGGCCAUAAAGAUCACCAACCGGCGUGUGAAUGCUAUUGAACACGUGAUCAUUCCCAGGAUCGACCGCACACUCACCUACAUCAUCACAGAGCUGGAUGAGCGGGAACGAGAGGAGUUUUACAGGCUGAAGAAAAUCCAGGAGAAGAAGAAGCAGCUGAGGGAGAAGACGGAGAAGGAGAUCGCGGCUCGUUUGGCUAAGCUCGGCCCGAUCGCGGAGCCGGCCAACAUGCUGACGGAGGAGGCUGACGAGGACCUGCUCUUCGAAUAAAAACCGUGCACCUCGUCGCCGCUACAAUAUUUAUUCUGUGCCUCGCGGGCCACAUUCAUGUCUUCUCACUCACCCUGAUGGAAGUUGUUUUCGUGUCUGUGUUUGAAUGUGUGAUUUAUUGUGUUGGAAACAUUGUCACUGUAAUUUUACAACUUAAAGGAGCUGUAUUACGCACAUUUUUCAUCUAAUUUAAUGUUGUUUCUUAAUUGCAAACAGACCUGGAGUUGUGUUUUGUUUCAUUUACACAUGUUUAACACAGAAAUCCUGCUUAUUUAGGCUGUUUUCUUUUCUCAAACGCACUUAAUUCCACCUUGUGACGUGAAAAUUGCUAAAAAAUAGUGUGUUAACUUUAAAACCAUUACUUGAUGACGUCGUAAGGUGUAACUCCAGGUCUGUUUUUAGGAGGUAACAACAUUAUAACACGACUUAAAGCUCACAGGAGUCAAUUUAGCGCAAUAUAGGACCUUUAAAGAACUUAAAGGAGAUGUGUUAAAUGCAAAAAUACUUUUUUGCACCUGAUUUUUGUUGUUUGUCAUCGAAGACAUGUCUGGAGUUGCGUAUUUUUUCAUCUUAGUACAUUCAAGUGGCUUCAAAUUAUCAUUAAAUCCUAAAAACAAGGCUAAAAGCUGUAAGUAAACAGCUGAAAACAUGGAAGUAAGUUGAAUAGCUGAGUAGUUUAAUCAUAAGAAUAAGUUUGGUUUAAGUUUAUGGACUUUAAAAACAAAAACAAGCUCUUUUUGUGUCAGGAGAAUGACUAAAUAUGUGGGAUUACUCAUAUAAACUUGCAUAAAUUGAACGAAACACAACUCAAAGUAUGUUUUUGAUGACAUAAAACUGGUUAAAAUGUGCAAAAAAAAAAGUAAAUCUAGCAUAAUACGUCUCCUUUAAGAAAUUGCAACUUGUCACUCAUGCCUUGGCAGUAAAGAUGAUUAUUUUGUGUGAAUAAAGUUGUACAUAUCUCUAUAUAAAGCCAUUGCAUGCUGUAAAAACGUGGUGGAGUGGUUGGAGUAGAGUACAAAUAUGACUUAAGGUUUAAACCUCUGUGGAGGACGUUGUUUACCGUUGAACCAAACCUGUAUGUAUUUUUGAUUUGUCCUGAAUUAGUGUAAAACAUGGAGUGUACAUGACCAAGACUGAGCAUUUCAUCAAAAAUAAACGUGUUAUGUAACUGAAAUGAA